GACAAGAAAACUAUGCAUUCAUCAUCAUGGAGACCAAACUGUGUUCCAUGUUUCUUCCUUUUGAUCUUGUCAUCGUUUCCCAACUCUUUCAUUUCCCUUACACAAUCUAAAUUCGCCCAACUCAGAGUAUACCCCGAAACAACACAAGACACAUUUGAUGAAACGUUAUUACAAUCCGAUUCCGAUGUCGAAUUCUUCAUUUUCGAUCAAGAUCUCGACCAUUUCACGUAUACACCGGAAAGUUAUACCAAAUUUCGGCAGAGAUACGCCGUUGAUACGAGAUAUUGGGGCGGCGCUGAGGCCAACUCCCCCAUUCUUGCGUACCUCGGCGAGGAAACUUCCAUGGAUACGGACUUGAGGGCUAUAGGGUUUCUUCGUGAAAACGGCCCUCAUUUCAAAGCUCUCCUAGUUUACAUGGAGCAUAGGUAUUAUGGAGAAUCGAUGCCGUUUGGAUCAGCGAAAGAAGCGUUGAAGAACGCAACCGCUAUGGGAUAUUUCAACACGGCACAAGCCCUCGCCGACUAUGCCGCUAUUCUCUUGCAUGUUAAGGAUAAAUAUGCAGCCAAACACUCCCCUAUCAUCGUCGUCGGUGGAUCCUACGGUGGAAUGUUAGCCGCGUGGUUUAGGUUGAAAUAUCCACACAUAGCAAUUGGUGCGUUAGCAUCUUCUGCUCCCGUUCUCUAUUUCGAAGACACCGUUCCAAAACAUGGUUAUUACUAUAUCGUGACCAAAAUAAUCAAGAAAACAAGCGUGAGAUGCCACAAGAGGAUUCGAAAAUCUUGGGACGAGAUCGAUAGAGUGGCUUCACAACCUAAUGGCCUUUCGUUCCUAAGUGAAAAAUUCAAGACUUGCGCUCCGUUGAACGGAAGUUUCGACCUCAAAGAUUUUCUAGACUCGGUAUACGCCGAGGCUGUGCAAUAUAAUCGACAUCCAAAUUACCCUGUUACCUCGAUAUGCAAAGCUAUUGAUUCUGAAUCCCCGAGAGGUAAGAAGAAGGAUUUGCUCGGUCGGAUUUUCGCAGGAGUGGUUGCAUACAUUGGCAACAGAUCUUGCUAUGAUACCACCAUGUUUUCUCAACCAACAAACAAUAAUCUCGCUUGGAGAUGGCAGAGUUGUAGCGAGCUAGUGAUGCCCAUUGGACAUGACAAGCAAGAUACGCUGUACCAAACGAUGCCGUAUAAUAUAAGCAAUUACAUAUCCGAAUGUAAAAGCAUGUACGGUGUCUCUCCUCGUCCACAUUGGAUCAACACUUACUACGGUGGUCAGGAUUUCAAAUUAAUUCUCCGAAGGUUUGGGAGCAACAUCAUUUUCUCCAAUGGAUUGUCCGAUCCUUACAGCGUCGGCGGAGUAUUGGAAGAUAUUUCGGAUACUAUCGUCGCCAUCAAGACAAAUGGUUCUCACUGUCUAGAUUUGAUCUUCAAGACAAAAGACGAUCCUAAGUGGUUGGUCAUGCAAAGACAAAAAGAAGUCAAAAUAAUUGAUUCUUGGAUUUCUAAUUACCAAAAAGAUCUAAAAGAUCUUAAAUUGAACGUAUAAUUUUACGUGAACAACUGAUCUAUUUUCUAUUGUUUUUACAUUGGAUUUCUAAAUAAACUUUGUAAAAAUAGAAAUUUAGGCCGUAUCCUUCGUAUUUACGUGAUGAUCUAAGCAAGAAGAAGAACAACGAUAACAUGUAUGAAGGACAUU